CGCCGGGGCCGCCAUGGCGACGGCGGGGGCCGCGGAGGGGCUGUUCGCGCUGGAGCUGCUGGUGGAGGCGGUGCGGGUGGCGGCGCCGGGCCCCGUGCUGCGCCCGGCCGUGGCGCUGCGCCUCUUGGACUUCCCCACCCUCCUGCUGCGCCCCGCCGCCGCCGCCGCGCCGCCCCUGCGGCCGGGGCCGACCUUCCCCUUCGGUCGCGGCAAGCGCUGCCUCUUCCGCUGGCGCCGGGGUUCGCUCUGCGCCGCGCUCCGCCGCCGGCCGCUCCGCGCCCUGCUGCUGGCGUUGCCCGCCGGGCUCGCCCCGGGGCCCCCCCGCCUCCUCGGCAGCUGCGACGUCUCCCUGGCCCCCGCCGCCGCCGAGCUGCUGCAGCGGCCCGGGGCGCCCGCCUCCUGCGGCCGCCGCGGCCGCUACCCGCUGCAGGACGCCGCGGGCCGCCCCGUCGGGGAGCUGGUCCUGGGCUACCGCCUCACCAGCCUGGAGGCCGGUGAGGAGCCGCCCCCGCCGAGCCCCGCCAGCCCCCGCGCUGCCGCACCGCCCGCCACCUCCCCUGAGCCGGGGGGCGAGGAGGAGGAGGAGGAGGAGGAGGGCGAGGAGCUGGAGGGCAACAUCUUUUGCCCUCCCAUGCUCUAUUACAGCCGCGAGCCUGCUGAGCCUCAUCUGCCGCCAGCAGCAGUGGCCGCAGGGCAGCGGGAGCAUGUCGAGGCCUGGAGACCGCAGGAGGAAGACAAGGGCCAGAGCCCCCCACGUCCCGGUGCUGGGCCCUCCUUGCUGCACCCCACCGGCCUUCGACAGCUCCACAACACCCUGGGGCAGCUGCCGCUACUCAGUGCCUUGCUGGCAGAGCUGUCGGUGCUCGUCCACAGUACUACGCCUGCCGCUGUCCACCCCCAUCUUGCCUGGCUCUACCAGGCCCCGGGGAGCGGUGGCGUGGCCUCACGGCCCCCCAGCCCCAGCCGCUCCUCUGCCCUCAAGCCUGCAAAGGCACCUGUGGGUCCUGGAGGGAGCAGCGGAGCUGCCAGCCCUCGAUUCAAGCAAGGCCGGCAAGAGGCCACCUCACCAGGGUCUUCCCGGGCUGGGAGAGGACCUAAGCAAGCUAUACCCCAGAGAGAGACAGGCUCUGAAAGGAACUGCCAAACUAAGGAAAACAGACCUCCCAGAAAGAAAUUGUUGUACGGGCUGACAAAUACACUGAGGCUACGGCUGCAGCAGACCAACCCUGAUAAGCUGAUAAUUCAUGAAAGGAGAGAGCAGUACAGAAAAAAGCAAAUGGAGAUGCUGAAGGAGAGAAGCCCUUUGUCCAAAAGAAAGCUGUGCAGAAAUGCUGGAGAGCAGCAUGUGGUUUCUUACAGGCAUUGUAGGAAGGGAGACAGUUCAAGGCAGAACGAUCAGUUUAACAAAACUGUUGAGACUUCAUUACAAAACAGUGCUCUUGCAGAGUAUGCUUCCAUGACAGGAAAUGUGUCCCCUGACCUGCAGAAACAGGCUAUUGCAAGUCCAUUGAAGAACGAUGACAUUGCAAGCAAGGAACGUCCACGCAAAGUAACUACAGCCCCCUUACUGCAGGAAACUCUAUUAAAAUCUGCUCACAAGGAAAAGUAUGUGAAAGCCCAGCUCCCAGCAGCUUUCCCAUCAGAUGCUAAUGCAAAUGGAAGUAAUGAGGAAGCAAUACACUUAAGCCAUCGUAAACCCACGCUGGAGCAUGAUGACACGUCUGUUGGAAGUGACUGUAAACCAAGCCCCAGCAGGAGCAUUGAAAACAACUCUGAAUUCAUAUACUCGGAUGACUUCGUUGCUAGUUCUGAGAACUCAGUUUAUUCAGAAGAUUUCACCAGUGCUGAGGGUACGGGCAGAGGCUCAGCAGCUCUUGACAGCAGUCCUGAAUCUCUGUGGCUUGAAAGCCCAAAGCGAGGUUGGUCAGAUACAGAGCCGGAAUCCAGCAGGUCCAGAAUUUCAAAGACAAGUCAAAGAGCUGUAAGUACUUCAGAUCUUCUGCCAGUUCCUUCAGCUUCAUCUCCAGUCCAGUCUUUGAAGAGAAACCGUGACUUAAAAAACAGCAAGAGAACUAGUGGUGAAUCUGUUGAUACACUUAACCUUGCUCAAAUGGAGGCAUCAUUAUUGGAUGCAGAGCAGGAAGCCCAACAGAUGAGUAAGGAAGAGAACAGGGGUGAUCAGCAUAUUAAACAAGUAUCUACACUGAGAAGCAAACAAGUUAGCUCUGAUACUGAUCUGAGUAUAGGAAAGGGACAGACCUCUGCAGGAAAAAGCCAGUCAGUAACUCAAGUUAGCUCUUACUUGCCAUCUAACAUGUCUGAUCUUGAACUCAGUGUGCUGGAAAACAGUUUGUCAGACAAAGAGGAUGAUUUUCUGGGAAAACCAUGUGUUCCUAAUCAAUACAAAGACAUCAGUGAACUUGUAAUAAACAAGCUUCCGGGAUACACCAUGUAAUUAUGAGUUUUCACUGUCUAGAUUAGGAUAUGGUAUUUAAACUUUAUAAGGCCUGUUACAUUUAACUGCAAUAUAUGCAAGUUAAUUUAAGACUUCAUCAUGCACAUUUAAUACAUUGGUGAAAUUUACUGAAGAGGUUUUUAAAAUAAACUACUGUGUGAA